UUAUCGACUGACAAUAGUGUCAACGUUUUAAGGGAUGUAACUACCGCGUGCGGAUUGACCUUCCGUUGUUACUGUCGGGCCUCAAAGACCCAGCGUGAUUAGUUUUUGGUACUAUAACCGUGCCGCAUUUCGUGUAGCUUCUUAUCUUUCACUGUUGUGAAAUUUGAUUGUUGAAUGUGGAUCGAAGUUCAUUGUGUAGGAGUGAAUUUGAAAUGUCUGUGUCUGCCAGAAUCGCCGGUAGCAAGCAGAUACCCUGGGUUUCCCGAGCGCAACACUCACUGAGGCUGUGUCCGACGCUUCCUGUGUUCCAUCCCGCUGUUGGAUUUUCCAAAGUAAUCUUCCACGCUUGGCAGUACAUCAGGAUCCUUUAGGACGUGUAGCAAGGAAAACGAAGGAUAUUCCUCCGUAAGCAGAUAGCUGAAAGCGUCUUAUACGAAGGAGCGAUGACGCUGGCCGGGGACGUGGCGCUGGCCGCUGCCGCGGUACUCAUACUGCUGCUGCUGUGGCACGUCAGCAACUCGUGCCGCUACUACGUCAAGUUCACCGUCUUCUUGCUGCUCUCCCUCUUCUUCGGCUCUGUCUUCAUUCCUCUCAUGCUCUUCCGGCCCAGGGACUGGCGCAACGCACUAUUACCAGCAUGGGGUGCAAGGCAAAUAUCAAAAAUCCUUGGCAUAAAAUUUCAUCUUCGAGGGCUGGACAAUGUUGUCACUGACUCUGGGUGUGUCGUCGUAAUAAACCACCAAAGUUGUCUGGACUUACUUGUACUUGCUGAGCUGUGGCCAAAGCUGAAACGAUGCACUGUUAUUUCAAAAAAAGAAGUUUUUUACCUGUGGCCUUUUGGACUCGCUGCCUGGUUGUGGGGAACCAUCUACAUCAAUAGACUGAAUGUUGAGCAAGCACAGGCAGCAAUAAACAGCACUGCAGACACCAUAAAAAAUGGAAAGAUGAAACUGUGCAUGUUUCCUGAAGGUACAAGAAACAAUGGACCUACAUUGCUGCCCUUCAAGAAGGGUGCUUUCCAUGUUGCCAUUGCUUCUCAGACACCUGUUCAGCCAGUUGUUGUAACACGCUAUUAUUUCCUUGAGUCAAAGGAGAAAAUUUUUAAUCCAGGAAAAGCUGUCAUAACCAUCCUUCCACCAAUAGACACUACAGGACUGAAGAAAGAAGAUGUGGGAUCACUUGUGGAGAGAACUCGUGAGCUAAUGUUGAAUGUCCAUGCCUCAUCAACAGAACUACUGCUGCAGAAUAUAAAAAACAAGGACAUGUAAUAAAAAGAGAGUGCUUUUGAACUUUAAUGGAGUUGGUUGGACGGUAACAGCAAAAGCAUAUCUUCAUGAUCUCAUCUGUAACCAUAAUUUUAAUGUUUAUGUAUGACAGAACAACAUUAGUGGGAAAGUGUUGACAUUCACAAUUUCAGUUAAAAAACUGAUGAUUUAAGUUAAGACUAUGUGAUGGAAUUAAAUUAUUGUGCUAAACAUAGCAAACCUGCAGCUUUACUUCAUGACCUUUUGUAUAUGUCUGAAUGUAUAUUAAUGUUUGUGCUUCCUUCCUUGUAGGCAACUUAGCUCACAGUGCUGAAAUUACUAUGUUAUUAAGGGCUUUGUGUGUGAUAGGUGUUUUACAGUUUAAUUUCAUUAAUUGAUGUAACCAUACAUUGAUGUGUGGAGAGGGCAUAGAGUAGUAUAGAAAUGUAGAUGUGGAGAGAAGCUGCAAAGAGACUGAGGGGUUGUGCGUGUGUGUGCGUGUGUGUGUGUGUGUGUGUGUGUGUAGAGAGAGAGAGAGAGAGAGAGAGAGAGAGAGAGAGAGAGAGAGAGAGAGAGAUUCCAGCCAAACUCAACAAGUAUUUAUAAAUGCCUGAAAUCAGGGUAAUAAAAAUACUUUCAUGCAUGUGAAUGUUUGUAUCCAGAAAAUAGGGUAAUAAAAUACUUCCAUGCGUGUGGAUGUUUACAUUAAGAAAAUAGGGUAAUAAAAUACUUUCAUGCAUGUGAAUGUUUAUAUUAAGAAAUAAUGCAUUUAGAGCUCUGCAUGAUCAGUAACCUUUCCAUUCUUAUUCUAAUGUAAUAAAAUGGAGAGACUGUCAUACAUUGCAAUGGGAAACAUUAUAAACUGUAGGUUCUACAUACCGGACUGAUCUAGAAAAAUCCAGAAAGUGAAAAUACUUAUUUUAUUAUGAAACAAGCUCUUUUGUGUGAUAUGAGUGCAGAGAACAGAUGUUUGUGUUGUCUCAGCAUGUUCUGCAGUAAAAUAAUCACCACACAGUUGAGUGUGUUGUUUGUGCUGCGUUACAUUUGAUUACUGUGUGAUAAUCAAUACAUGGAGAGCAGUUCAAUCACUUUAUUAAAUAUUCAUUCACACAAAUGAUAAAAUUUUCUGCACAAAUAUGAGGAAAUGUAAUGAUAAUAUCAAAAUUUAAUUAAGAUAAUCUUUUAUUAAAUUUUUAACAUUUCAUUGAUGUCGCAUGUUCCCUGAACACAAUGCUGAAUUUAUGUUCAUGAAUACAUUCACUACAGAAUAAAAGUGAGCUACAGUACAUUUGUUUUUAUAACUUCUUGGCAGAAAUAAUAAGUUCAGAGGGGGAAAUAAAUUGUUAAGUAUGACUGCAGGACUGUUAAUAAACACUGAUUAGCCAAUUUAUGUAAUCAAAUACAAGCCUUGAAAAAAUAAAAACAGUAAAACUUUUAAUGAAAAAUUUUUGGUUGUGAAAUAUUUAUUCAUUAUUUCAAGUCUUCUCCACUCAGUGUGUCAAUCAAUUUUUAUUAUCUAUUGUUUUCUUUAGCAUUCAUAUAAAUUGCUACCACAAUGCUUUUUAAAUUAUGUGGAGAAAUGUUAUUGACUACAGAGCCACAGUAAUACAUAAAUGUAUUUUUCUAUUUCUUAAGACUGAAUGUUAAAAGACAAAUAUUAUAUUUUGCAAUGGCCUUGAAAUGUUGAGAGGAAAAUGUUCAUUAAGAAGUUAGAUAUGUAACAUUGUAAGCAAAAUUAAAAUAUUAAGAGUAGUCUGCAGUAUGUAACUAAAUUUACAUAUUAAAGUUAAUAUGCUAUUGUUUACCAUAGAACUGUUCAGAGUAACCAGAUAAUAUCUAAUCAGUAGUAUGUAAACAUUCAUUUAAAUUUCUUCAUCUUUCAUGUCUAGUUAUAUCUGAAGUUACCACAUUUGUUUCAUUGUACUUCCAGCUCACCAACUGAACAUUCUUUUGAUUGUCUAAAAUCCAACAAAAAAUGGUAAUAAAUGUAAUUUUCUGUGUGGGAUAAUGU